UUCCUUCGGCUCCCCUCGCCCUCGUUUCUCUCCCUCCUCCCAUAUAAAACCAAAGGAGGGCGAGGUAAUCAAAUCCUUCCAUCUCAAACCCUAGCUCUAAAAUUCUUCUGGGAAUCUCUCGUUUCUUCGAGAAUUAUUGCAUUUCCUCUGAUUCCCGGGGGGAAAGAGGACGAAUUCAGGGAAAAGAUUGAAUUGUGCACCUCUACAUCGGCGUAUAUGCUUUGUAUCGGGGCGAGCCUUGCGGUUACGAGGAUCCCCCAGCAGCGCCAGUUUCACGAGGAGAGGAGCCGGAGCUUGGGGAUUCAGCGGCGGCGAUCGUCGAUCGAAAUGGAUUCCGCGAUCAAGCCGGCCACAGCGAUCGCGCCGCCGCGGCCCCUGAUCAUGACGUCGGGGUCGAGCGGGCGCGUGAACGCGCUACUGUCGCUCGUCUCGCUCCACGCCCUCCGGAGCCUGCUGCAGCUCCUGAACGGCUUUAUUCUGCUGCUGCUCCUCCCGUUCCGGCGGCGGACUGUGGUGGUGUCGGCGGCGGAUAGGCCGCCGGCGACGGUGGCGGUGGCGGGGGAGGUGGUGAGCGGGGCGAGGAAGGGGGCAGGGAGUGGAGGGGCGAUGGUGUUGACGGUUCCGGCGGCUAUGCUGCCGUGGUGGCCAAGGGAAUCCCAGGAGGCGGCGGCGAGGCGGGGGAUGGCGAUCCGGCGGAUGGGGGUGGAGGAGGAGGAGGACGAGGGCCGGAGGAGCGAGCGGGGGUUUGCGCUGUUCACGACGGCGAGAGGGGAUACGCUCUUCACCCAGUCGUGGGCGCCCGUUUCCGUUCAAACCAAGGGACUGGUGGUUCUUUUGCAUGGCCUGAAUGAGCACAGUGGAAGAUAUAAUUAUUUCGCGAAGCAACUGAAUGAUAAUGGAUUUAAAGUGUAUGCAAUGGAUUGGAUUGGACAUGGAGGAAGUGAUUGGCUGCAUGGUUAUGUUCAUUCUCUCAAUUAUGCAGUUGAUGAUCUGAAAGCAUUCUUGGAAAAGAUAUUGUUGGAGAAUCCUGGGUUGCCAUGCUUUUGCUUUGGUCACUCUACUGGUGGUGCUAUUGUUCUGAAGGCAGCAUUGGAUCCAAAGGUAAAAGUUUGUGUUGAAGGUGUGGUCUUGACAUCACCUGCCAUUGGGGUUCAGCCAUCUCAUCCAAUUGUUGCUGUCAUUGCUCCAAUAUUCUCCCUAUUGGUUCCAAAAUACCAAUUUAGUGGUUCCUAUAGGAGUGGACCGCCUGUUUCCCGUGACCCCGAGGCCGUGAGGGCCAAGUAUUCCGACCCACUUGUGUUCACUGGUUCUCUCAGAGUGAGGACUGGUCAUGAGAUUCUCCGCAUAACAUCCUACUUGCAGCAGAACCUGAGCAAAGUUGCAGUCCCAUUUCUAGUCCUUCAUGGCACAGCCGAUACGGUAACUGAUCCUGAAGCCUCCCAAAGACUCUACAAUGAAGCCUCAUCGACAGAUAAGUCCAUCAAACUAUAUGAAGGCUUCUUGCAUGAUCUCCUCUUUGAACCUGAAAGGGAUCACAUAGCAAAAGAUAUCAUUGAUUGGUUGAACGCCCGACUUGAUGCUAUAAACAGAGCAUAAAAAUAUAACUGACAGUGUUGGCAAUGAUAAAACCAUCCAGAUAGGAGACGUCCAGCUGAAGCCCAUACUGCAACCUUUUCCCCCUGGAAUGCCACUUCCUGGGAUGGAGGUAGAUGCUGUUUUGUGCAGUUGCUUCUUGUAUAUUUUUAGCGCCAGAGCAAGGCAGCACUGCCAUGUUGUAUUGAAUGAAACUUAAUUGUCUAGUGGCUUCGCUGAUAUAUUUAUCUGAAUUGGAUGAAGCUUUUACUGUGCUCGAGCUAA